UCAUGCGUUAUUCGCCCCGUGUCAACAUCGACCACGUUCUCUAUUGAAAUGGAGUAUUUACAAUCGAUUUGACGAGCCGAUUUAUUGGAUCGCUGUGCGUUUAUUGUCGUCUGCAUGGCAGGAUAGCUUUAAUGCGCAAUCAAACAUGUAAUUAGUGGAUUUUGUAAAUUUGAUUGGAUUUUAAUUGGGUUUUAAUGUGAAAAUGUUGACAAAAACUCCGGGCCAAGUGACGAUUGGCAAUGGCCAAGGGAAAAGGGCUGUAACAUUAUUAACUGAAGGAGGAUGCUACUAUCCCGUAAUUUCACAUUAUUCAUAUCAAGACAGACAGUUAAGGGCCCAGUCUGCACCCAAUAAUGCAGGUCGCAUUCGCGGGAUGCGGCCCAUGCAUCGAACCACAAUGCAGAUCGGUAAACCGCCGUGGUGCGCAAAUGACAGCUAUAUUACUUCAUCCAAAAGGAAUUUUGGAGGUAGUAAAGGCUUGAACCCUGUACGUCGUCCCCCACUGUGUCCCUCAAUGCACAAGUCACAGAUCAAACUUGUUCAUCCCGAGGACGAGUCAUCAGCCCGGAAUACUCAUUAUACACAUACCUUCAUGGAGAAACCAAUUAUACCUGCCAACAGAUUACAUUUAACUUCACUAGUCAAUAGAAUUGAUCAAACAGAAGGUGCUGACAUGAAAGAGAGUAUAAAAAUGCAUUCUGAACCUCAGAACUAUUUCACACAAUAUACUAGAAUACACAGUAAACUUGGUAAUGUGCUAGGAACUGGUGCACCGCGAGAUUACCCUGUCAGACAGGAAUACAAUGUUAUAACGGGUGAAACUGGAGGAGCAGCCUGGAAGGAAAAUAACCGAAGAAUAUCGGGCGAUAAAUUGUUACAUUCAUUACGACGGGAACAAACAUCAAUUUUAGGUUAAUCAAAAUCUCAUGUUCAGCAUCUUUUGAUCAAAACAACUAUUCUUAUCAACAUUUUCCACUUAAUUUCAAAAAUUAUUUAAGAAAAAAAAAAAACAAAACAGAAUAACAAAGCCUUAAAUUGCAGAGUUAACAGAUUUCCUGAUUUCAUGUACAUAUGUAUAUCCAGUAAUAGAAACAUGUACAUUAUUUUUAUAAUGUACCUGAUGUUUUUAACCAGUUGUAACAGUGUAAUUUACAAUAAAAUGUAUUGCAUUUGUUAUUGUUACUAUGGAAACUAAACAUUUUGUUCUUGUUGCAUUUUUUGUGUGAUGUGUGCCAAGUAAUGUCUUUUUGCAGUUAAUGUCAUAUUUAUUUCUGUAUGCUUUGAUAAGCUCCCUUGCCAAAAUAUUUUAUGUACAUAAAGCAUUUAACUGCUAUCUGGUUAACUAAAAAUGGGUAAAAUAUUUGUUAAGAAACGAAACUUCCACUAGAAAGUCCCAGCUUAAAAUGAUACAUACUUCUUGUUUUUUGUUGUUGUUGCCAAAAACACGCAAAAUUCACAGCAUUUUAUGUGAUCUAUGCAAUAACCUCUUUACAAAGUAAAUUUUUAGUAUGACAGCAUGGUACGUUUUGAGCCAAUCUCUGACAACUGUGUUAGGGAGUCGACUCUUUAACUAAGUGGUUAGAGUACUGGACUAGCACCCGAGCGACCCGGGUCCGAAUCCUGCCACAGGCAGUUGUGAUGUUCUUUAAUCCAUUACGGUCAAAAGUCUAAGGUGUUCUCAGCAAUCCAAAUAUAGGAAAUAUAAGGAAAUCAACGGGGACCAAAUGAAUUACCCAUGUGAGCUUAGCGGCUUGCGUCGCCGAUGCUCCAGCGAGUGGUGUUUCACUGUAGCUUUAAAUAAAGCCUUUAAUUUCUCAACUUACUUUUUAUACACAAAUGUUAUAGAUUUGAGUAACAGAUGAAAAAUCCACAUAAAAUGUGUAAACAUAGUGCAAAUAUUCACUUUAUUUCUGCAUAAUAAAAGAACAUCCUGAUAUGAGAAUGUUCAAUGCAAUAUUUCAGCAUAAUAGUGUAAUGUGCCAAAAUUUUCCUUUUAUGUAAAGUAUUAGUGGUUCCUAGUUUAUUCUUCUAUAAUGAAGCAUUAUAGGCAGUUCUAAAUACAGUCAAACCUUUCUAUAGGGAUCACCUUUGGGAGGGACACAAACUGGUCUUUAUUCAUAGGUGGUGUUUUUUCACAGCUGAUCUUUGUCCACAGGUCAAGUAACACCAUAAAUAUUAAAAUACCGGUAGGAAAUAAAACCAGCUGUCUUUAGGGCCAGGUGGUCUCUGGUCAGAGGUGGUCUUUAACACAGGUUUGACUGUGGCUUAUUAUUGCCAGUCUAAAAACAAUUCAGUGCUUAUUUAUGAUACAUUACUGUUGACCAGUUAUCAUAUUACUUGAUAAAUUAUGUAUGAUAAACAUAUUUAUUUUAGCAUUUGUUAUAAGAUUUUGUUAUUUCCAAACAGUAUUUCAUUACACUUGUAUACCCAAAUGGCUUUCUAUACAAUAAAUUUCUUGUAAUA